UGUACAUGUCAACCAUUUUAAAAUGUGGUACUUAAAAGUGUCGUCGAGUUUACUCAUAGCAGUGGCAUUAAUCUGUAUGAUACAGAAUGUAAUAUCACUCACUAUAGAUCCCAAAGCAACAGAGGAUCAGUGGUCAACACUGGCAAGUUCUACAGAUCAAAAUGACUUGAAAAAAAUUUCAAAACUGUGUAAAGUUUCUCUUAAUAACUUUAACGAAAAAUUAGAAAAUACAAAAAUUAAUGCAAACAAAAAACUACCUGAACCUAAUAAAACAACGGAAGAUAUAGCUAAUUUAGUAAGUGAUAUAAAAAAUCAAGUAAAAAAUGCAUCUGCAGAUCUUGUAACUGUGAGAAAGUUAGUACAAAAAAGUGCUUUACGAUUUAGAGACACAUUCAAAUCGCUUGUAUCAUUUACUGAAUUGGAUAGUGAAUCUGUGAAUAAAGAAUUAGAAAGUAUUAAGAAAACAACAGUUGAUAGUAAAAAACCAUUGGUAAAUCAUGUUAUACGGUCAUUUGGAAAUAGGUACGAUCUUAAUAAAUUGGCCAACAAGGUUCUUGAAGUAUCAUCUGAUCGUGAAAAGUUAAAAAAUAAUUAUAAUGAUAAAAAAAAAAUUGCUAAAAAAGAAUUCAAUUCAUUGUGGAAUUCUUUAUCUAAUCAUUCAAAAACUGUGAAUGAUAAUGCUUUAAAAGCCUUAGAUACUUUUUUUGAAGGCAUAAAAUCCGUAAAAUCAGUGAAAAAAAAAGUUAAGGCUCUAGGAGAAGACGCGCUGGAUGAAAUAAAAGUAGGAGAUGAUAUCAUUAAACUUAAAAAUGCAGUUGAAUUAGCUAAAUCAUUGAAAUUGAAGUUCGAAGAUGAAUGGAAUCUUGAUUCUGGAGAAUUAACUUAUAGUGAAGAACAGAAGAAACCUAAUAGAAAAACAACAGAUGACGAUCAGUCUGAUGUCCAGGAAAAAGAAGAAGAUAAAUCUAGUGAGAAUAUUCCUACAAACGAUUUAGAACCAGGUUUAUCAACAACUGAACAAGAACCGAUUAAAAAUGAUAAAUCUAAUGUAAUUCCACCUACUCAGGCUGACAUUGAAAAACUUCCUAUUAUAGAUAACCGUCAAACCUCUGAUAAAGCAGUUUCUUCAACAGAGGAAACACAAUUACCCCAUGACCAAAAAAAUAAAGAUGUAACUAAAAUAAUUCAACCUACAAUAUCUGAAACAGAACAUAACCCUAAAGAAAAUAAUGUUUCUGCUACUAUAGAUUCCCCGGUUGAAGAUAAUCCAUCAAUUCCUAAAACAGAAAACACAGAUGUAUAUGAUUCAAAUUCAGAUUCUUCGAUUAAACAAACAUCAUUUAACCCUGACAUCAAUAACACCGAAGUACUAAAUACACCACUUAAAGACUCAAUAGAUGAUAAAAGAGGUAAAAGAAUAAAUAAAAUAACAAGUAGGGAAAAAACGUUAAUAAUACCAUGGGAAAAACUUAUACAACUAGAUAACCCACGUGUUAGUCAACAAUCGAUGAAAUGUGAAAAUCUAUUGAAUAAUGUGACACCAGACUUUGAUAAUAUAAAGAAAGCAGCGAAAAACUCAAUACAAGUAACAAAGAGUUACACAAAUUUACAAGAUAUUGAAAAUGAUACUGUUAAACAAUUUUAUGAUAAAAUGGUUGACACAAAUACAAAACUAUGUGAUUAUUUAGUUAAUGCAGCAGAUGAUGUUUGUGCUAAAGUAACACCAAUCAAUAAAAGAUAUGAAACAAAAUUUAAAAAUGAUUCAAACAUGAAACGUAUAAAAUAUUUAUUAGGUAAGCAAUACGAUCCUAACCAGUACAUUUUAAAAGUGUUAGACGCUGCCAAUCAUAAAAAUGGAAUUGGUGGCAUGAAGAAGACUACAUAUUAUAAAAUGUUGGCAGUGGCUCAUAAUUUGAAUCACGAAACAAAAGAAAUGGAAAAUGCUGCAUUGUACGCAAUGAAUAAAAUCCAUGAAGGACAAUUAGCUGCAACUAAUUUACAAAAAAAGUUUAAUAAGGAAAAAGCCUCAAAAGCUUGUUACAUAAGAAAUAUUUUACUAGAAAAAGAGAAUGAAGAUGACAAAAAGAAUAGAGACGAAAACAAGGAAAAAGUAAAAGAAAGUAUAAAUGAGGACACCAAUACAGAACCAUUAAAACCCGAUGUUAACUUAGAUUCAGUUGAUGCCAUACAGCCAUCGACAGUUAAUGAUGACAAUGAACCAAUUAUAAAUAAUGGCGAAGGCACAAAAACGUUAAGCGAACCAAAUGAAUUCACAGAUAUUAACAAUCAAAAAGAGAACGCUGAUGAAACAAAUAUUGAAGAUAGUAAAAACACAAAAGGAAGUAUGGGACAAGGAACUCAAGAACCUAAUGAAAGAUCAUCUAUUCCACAAAACAAAGAUAACGAUAUCAAUACAGGUAUAGACAAAUAUGGAAAUAAUAAAGCAAAACGUAACAUAACCAGAAAAAUAACACAUCAUAGAAAGCAUAGAAAUCCCAAUGAUCCUAACGAUGUAUCAGAAGAAUAUAACACAAUAGAAGAAAUUGACGAUGAAGAAGAUGAAAGCAAUGAAAGUAAAAACGAUUUAGAAAAAAUACAAAAUGAAAUAGGAAAAGAAAAUCCAAACAUAAUUUCUAGACCAAAAAUAUCUGAAAUAGAAGAAUCAUUGGAACAAGAAGGUCAAAAUAAUUUAAAUAAAUCAGGCAAGAAAAAUAAAGAAACUGAUAAAGGAAAUACCUCAGACAAACCAAAAGUGAAAAAUUAUAGGAAGAGAAUAGAUCCCAAAGAUGGUAAAGAAAUAACUGAAGAAUAUGAAACAUCAGAAGAAGAAGCAGACGACAUCCAUUUAAACAAGUCAGGUGAGAAAAAAUCUAACGAAAUUCCAGAAUCAGAGUUAUUGGAUAACGCUGAAAAUGAACACGAUACAAAGACACCAGAACAUUUAGAAACUGAAAAGGUUGCUUCGGACGAAGAAAAUGCUACUCACGAAGAAAACGAUGAAGAUAUAAAUACGUCAGUCAAACCUAAAGUGAAACGUUAUAGGAAGAGAAUAGAUCCCAAAGAUGGUAAAGAAAUCACUGAAGAAUAUGAAACUUCAGAAGAAGAAGCAGACGAUAUCCAUUCAAACAAGUCAGAUGAGAAAAAAUCCAACGAAGCUCCAGAAUCAGAGUUAUUGGAUAACGCUGAAAAUGAACACGAUACAAAGACACCAGAACAUUUAGAAACUGAAAAGGUUGCUUCGGACGAAGAAAAUGCUACUCACGAAGAAAACGAUGAAGAUAUAAAUACGUCAGUCAAACCUAAAGUGAAACGUUAUAGGAAGAGAAUAGAUCCCAAAGAUGGUAAAGAAAUCACUGAAGAAUAUGAAACAUCAGAAGAAGAAGCAGACGAUAUCCAUUCAAACAAGUCAGAUGAGAAAAAAUCCAACGAAGCUCCAGAAUCAGAGUUAUUGGAUAACGCUGAAAAUGAACACGAUACAAAGACACCAGAACAUUUAGAAACUGAAAAGGUUGCUUCGGACGAAGAAAAUGCUACUCACGAAGAAAACGAUGAAGAUAUAAAUACGUCAGUCAAACCUAAAGUGAAACGUUAUAGGAAGAGAAUAGAUCCCAAAGAUGGUAAAGAAAUCACUGAAGAAUAUGAAACAUCAGAAGAAGAAGCAGACGAUAUCCAUUCAAACAAGUCAAAUGAGCAAAAAUCCAACGAAGCUCCAGAAUCAGAGUUAAUUGAUAACGCUGAAAAUGAACACGAUACAGAGACACCAGAACAUUUAGAAACUGUAAAGGUUGCUUCGGACGAAGAAAAUGCUAUUCACGAAGAAAACGAUGAAGAUAUAAAUACGUCAGUCAAACCUAAAGUGAAACGUUAUAGGAAGAGAAUAGAUCCCAAAGAUGGUAAAGAAAUCACUGAAGAAUAUGAAACAUCAGAAGAAGAAGCAGACGAUAUCCAUUCAAACAAGUCAGAUGAGAAAAAAUCCAACGAAGCUCCAGAAUCAGAGUUAUUGGAUAACGCUGAAAAUGAACACGAUACAGAGACACCAGAACAUUUAGAAACUGAAAAGGUUGCUUCGGACGAAGAAAAUGCUACUCACGAAGAAAACGAUGAAGAUAUAAAUACGUCAGUCAAACCUAAAGUGAAACGUUAUAGGAAGAGAAUAGAUCCCAAAGAUGGUAAAGAAAUCACUGAAGAAUAUGAAACUUCAGAAGAAGAAGCAGACGAUAUCCAUUCAAACAAGUCAGAUGAGAAAAAAUCCAACGAAGCUCCAGAAUCAGAGUUAUUGGAUAACGCUGAAAAUGAACACGAUACAAAGACACCAGAACAUUUAGAAACUGAAAAGGUUGCUUCGGACGAAGAAAAUGCUACUCACGAAGAAAACGAUGAAGAUAUAAAUACGUCAGUCAAACCUAAAGUGAAACGUUAUAGGAAGAGAAUAGAUCCCAAAGAUGGUAAAGAAAUCACUGAAGAAUAUGAAACAUCAGAAGAAGAAGCAGACGAUAUCCAUUCAAACAAGUCAGAUGAGCAAAAAUCCAACGAAGCUCCAGAAUCAGAGUUAAUUGAUAACGCUGAAAAUGAACACGAUACAGAGACACCAGAACAUUUAGAAACUGUAAAGGUUGCUUCGGACGAAGAAAAUGCUAUUCACGAAGAAAACGAUGAAGAUAUAAAUACGUCAGUCAAACCUAAAGUGAAACGUUAUAGGAAGAGAAUAGAUCCCAAAGAUGGUAAAGAAAUCACUGAAGAAUAUGAAACAUCAGAAGAAGAAGCAGACGAUAUCCAUUCAAACAAGUCAGAUGAGAAAAAAUCCAACGAAGCUCCAGAAUCAGAGUUAUUGGAUAACGCUGAAAAUGAACACGAUACAGAGACACCAGAACAUUUAGAAACUGAAAAGGUUGCUUCGGACGAAGAAAAUGCUACUCACGAAGAAAACGAUGAAGAUAUAAAUACGUCAGUCAAACCUAAAGUGAAACGUUAUAGGAAGAGAAUAGAUCCCAAAGAUGGUAAAGAAAUCACUGAAGAAUAUGAAACAUCAGAAGAAGAAGCAGACGACAUCCAUUUAAACAAGUCAGAUGAGAAAAAAUCCAACGAAGCUCCAGAAUCAGAGUUAUUGGAUAACGCUGAAAAUGAACACGAUACAGAGACACCAGAACAUUUAGAAACUGAAAAGGUUGCUUCGGACGAAGAAAAUGCUACUCACGAAGAAAACUUAAAUAGUGUAGAAGGGGCAGAACUGAAUGGUGUAGAUAAUGAUAAUAUUAUACCAGCAGCAGACAGCAUGGGAGAAGAUUCAUCAUCACUCGAAUCAAGUUAUGAAGAACCUGAACAAAGUUAUAUCAAUGAUUCGAAUAACAAUCAUAAAAACAACAAUGAUCAAUAUUAUUCAGAUGAUCAAACAAAUAAAAUAUCAAACGGUCACAGAAAACGAAAGGAUCCUAAGAAUGGACAAGAAAUAUCAAAUGAAUAUGAUCCAGUUGAAAAACAGGAUGAAGAGUCUCCAGUGGUAAUUAAAAACAUCGAUACUCCUCCUGAAACACCUGAUGGAGAAUCAGCAGAACAUAAUCACCCGGACCAAGAAUCAGACACGCAAGAAUAUGAGGAUAUGCCUGAAAAAGUUGAAAUUCCAGAAAAAGGUGAGAGCAUGGAUCUCAAUCAACCGAACGAACACGAAGAGACCGAUGAAAAUGAACCUGAAAUAAUGUCCAAUGAAGAAAUGAACAACUCAAAUGAUAUUGAUCAACAAAAUGAUAAUCAACCUAAUAAAAAUAUGAGACGCCAUAGAAAACGAAAAGAUCCCAAGGACGGCCAAGAAGUAUCAGACGAAUAUGAUCCAAUUGAAGAACAGGAGGAACAUUCUCCAGUGGUAAGUAAAAACAAUGAUACACCGUCCGAAACACCUGAAGGAGAAUCAGCAGAACAUAACACAGACCAUGAAUCAGGAACGCCAGAAUAUGAAGACAUCUCUGAAAAUGAGGAAACUCCAGGAAUCGAUGAAACCUCAGAUCACAAUCAAGCAAAUGAACAUGAAGAGACCGAUCAGAAUGAACCUGAAAGAAUGUCCGAUGAAGAAACAAACAAAUCUAAUGAUAUUGAUCAACAAAAUGAUAAUCAACCUAAUAAAAAAAUGAGACGUCAUAGAAAACGAAAAGAUCCCAAGGACGGCAAAGAAGUAUCAGACGAAUAUGAUCCAAUUGAAGAACAGGAGGAUCAUUCUCCAGUGGUACGUAAUAACAAUGAUACACCGUCCGAAACACCUGAAGGAGAAUCAGCAGAACAUAACACAGACCAUGAAGAAAACGAUGAAGAUAUAAAUACGUCAGUCAAACCUAAAGUGAAACGUUAUAGGAAGAAAAUAGAUCCCAAAGAUGGUAAAGAAAUCACUGAAGAAUAUGAAACAUCAGAAGAAGAAGCAGACGACAUCCAUUUAAACAAGUCAGAUGAGAAAAAAUCCAACGAAGCUCCAGAAUCAGAGUUAUUGGAUAACGCUGAAAAUGAACACGAUACAGAGACACCAGAACAUUUAGAAACUGAAAAGGUUGCUUCGGACGAAGAAAAUGCUACUCACGAAGAAAACUUAAAUAGUGUAGAAGGGGCAGAACUGAAUGGUGUAGAUAAUGAUAAUAUUAUACCAGCAGCAGACAGCAUGGGAGAAGAUUCAUCAUCACUCGAAUCAAGUUAUGAAGAACCUGAACAAAGUUAUAUCAAUGAUUCGAAUAACAAUCAUAAAAACAACAAUGAUCAAUAUUAUUCAGAUGAUCAAACAAAUAAAAUAUCAAACGGUCACAGAAAACGAAAGGAUCCUAAGAAUGGACAAGAAAUAUCAAAUGAAUAUGAUCCAGUUGAAAAACUGGAUGAAGAGUCUCCAGUGGUAAUUAAAAACAUCGAUACACCUCCUGAAACACCUGAUGGAGAAUCAGCAGAACAUAAUCACCCGGACCAAGAAUCAGACACGCAAGAAUAUGAGAAUAUGCCUGAAAAAGUUGAAAUUCCAGAAAAAGGUGAGAGCAUGGAUCUCAAUCAACCGAACGAACACGAAGAGACCGAUGAAAAUGAACCUGAAAGAAUGUCCAAUGAAGAAAUGUACAACUCAAAUGAUAUUGAUCUACAAAAUGAUAAUCAACCUAAUAAAAAAAUGAGACGCAAUAGAAAACGAAAAGAUCCUAAGGAUGGUCAAGAAGUAUCAGAAGAAUACGAUCCAGUGUCAAUUAAAAAUGUUGAUACACCUACCGAAGAACCUGGUGGAGAAUUAACAGCCCAUGAAUCAGAAACUCCAGAAAAUGAUGUAACUUCAGAUCACAAUCAAGCAAACGAACAAGAAUUGAUCGAUGAGAAUGAACCUGAGAAAAUGUCCAAUGAAGAAAUCAACAAAUCUAAUGAUAUUAAUCAACAAAAUGAAGGAGGUAAUCAACCUAAUAAAAAAAAGAGACGCCAUAGAAAACGAAAAGAUCCCAAGGACGGCCAAGAAGUAUCAGACGAAUAUGAUCCAAUUGAAGAACAGGAGGAUCAUUCUUCAGUGGUAAGUUAUAACAAUGAUACACCGUCCGAAACACCUGAAGGGGAAUCAGCAGAACAUAACACAGACGAUGAAUCAGGAACGCCAGAAUAUGAAGACAUCUCUGAAAAUAAGGAAACUCCAGGAAUCGAUGAAACCUCAGAUCACAAUCAAGCAAACGAACAUGAAGAGACCGAUGAAAAUGAACCUGGAAGAAUGUCCAAUGAAGAAACAAACAAAUCUAAUGAUAUUGAUCAACAAAAUGAUAAUCAACCUAAUAAAAAAAAGAGACGCCAUAGAAAACGAAAAGAUCCCAAGGACGGGCAAGAAGUAUCAGAUGAAUAUGAUCCAAUUGAAGAACAGGAGGAUCAUUCUUCAGUGGUAAGUUAUAACAAUGAUACACCGUCCGAAACACCUGAAGGGGAAUCAGCAGAACAUAACACAGACGAUGAAUCAGGAACGCCAGAAUAUGAAGACAUCUCUGAAAAUAAGGAAACUCCAGGAAUCGAUGAAACCUCAGAUCACAAUCAAGCAAACGAACAUGAAGAGACCGAUGAAAAUGAACCUGGAAGAAUGUCCAAUGAAGAAACAAACAAAUCUAAUGAUAUUGAUCAACAAAAUGAUAAUCAACCUAAUAAAAAAAAGAGACGCCAUAGAAAACGAAAAGAUCCCAAGGACGGGCAAGAAGUAUCAGAUGAAUAUGAUCCAAUUGAAGAACAGGAGGAUCAUUUUCCAGUGGUACGUAAUAACAAUGAUACACCGUCCGAAACACCUGAAGGAGAAUCAGCAGAACAUAACACAGACCAUGAAUUAGCAACGCCAGAAUAUGAGGAUAUUUCUGAAAAAGUUGAAAUUCCAGAAAAAGGUGAGAGCAUGGAUCUCAAUCAACCGAACGAACACGAAGAGACCGAUGAAAAUGAACCUGAAAUAAUGUCCAAUGAAGAAAUGAACAACCCAAAUGAUAUUGAUCAACAAAAUGAUAAUCAACCUAAUAAAAAAAAGAGACGCCAUAGAAAACGAAAAGAUCCCAAGGACGGCCAAGAAGUAUCAGACGAAUAUGAUCCAAUUGAAGAACAGGAGGAUCAUUUUCCAGUGGUACGUAAUAACAAUGAUACACCGUCCGAAACACCUGAAGGAGAAUCAGCAGAACAUAACACAGACCAUGAAUUAGCAACGCCAGAAUAUGAGGAUAUUUCUGAAAAAGUUGAAAUUCCAGAAAAAGGUGAGAGCAUGGAUCUCAAUCAACCGAACGAACACGAAGAGACCGAUGAAAAUGAACCUGAAAUAAUGUCCAAUGAAGAAAUGAACAACCCAAAUGAUAUUGAUCAACAAAAUGAUAAUCAACCUAAUAAAAAAAUGAGACGUCAUAGAAAACGAAAAGAUCCCAAGGACGGCCAAGAAGUAUCAGACGAAUAUGAUCCAAUUGAAGAACAGGAGGAACAUUCUCCAGUGGUAAGUAAAAACAAUGAUACACCGUCUGAAACACCUGAAGGAGAAUCAGCAGAACAUAACACAGACCAUGAAUCAUCAACGCCAGAAUAUGAAGACAUCUCUGAAAAUGAGGAAACUCCAGGAAUCGAUGAAACCUCAGAUCACAAUCAAGCAAAUGAACAUGAAGAGACCGAUGAGAAUGAACCUGAAAGAAUGUCCAAUGAAGAAACAAACAAAUCUAAUGAUAUUGAUCUACAAAAUGAUAAUCAACCUAAUAAAAAAAUGAGACGCCAUAGAAAACGAAAAUAUCCUAAGGAUAGUCAAGAAGUAUCAGAAGAAUACGAUCCAGUGUCAAUUAAAAACAUUGAUACUCCCACCGGAGAACCUGAUGGAGAAUUAACAGACCAUGAAUCAGGAACGCCAGAAUAUGAAGAUAUCUCUGAAAAUGAGGAAACUCCAGGAAACGAUGAAACCUCAGAUCACAAUAAAGCAAACGAACAUGAAGAGAGCGAUAAAAAUGAACCUGAAAGAAUGUCCAAUGAAGAAACAAACAAAUCUAAUGAUAUUGAUCAACAAAAUGAUAAUCAACCUAAUAAAAAAAUGAGACGUCAUAGAAAACGAAAAGAUCCCAAGGACGGCCAAGAAGUAUCAGACGAAUAUGAUCCAAUUGAAGAACAGGAGGAUCACUCUCCAGUGGUAAGUAAAAACAAUGAUACAUCGUCCGAAACACCUGAAGGAGAAUCAGCAGAACAUAACACAGACCAUGAAUCAGCUACGCCAGGAUUUGAGGAUAUCCCUGAAAAUGUUGAAAUUCCAGAAAACGGUAAGAGCAUGGAUCUCCAUCAACCAAACGCACAUGAAGAUACUGAUGAAAAUGAUGAAAUUCCAGAAGACAAUCAAACAAACGAACAUGCGGGAAUUUCAGAAUUUGAACCAGACCGCAUGGCAAACGACGAAAAUGAUAUUCCAAAAGAAAUUGCGGAACAAAAUAAUGCAGACAAUCAACCUAAUAACAAAUUUAGACGCCAUAGAAAACGUAAAGAUCCUUUACAUAGUCAUGAAAUAUCUGACGAAUACGAAACAAUUGAAGAUGAAGAUGAUGAGAAAAGCAAGUUAGAAACUCCAAACAUGGUUUCAUAUGAUCAAUUUGAUAACCAAAUAUCUUUCCCUAACAAUGAGAACAAUGCUAAUGAUGAAAACAAUUUAGUUUAUCCACCUAAACAUAAACCAAAACGUUUCAGAAACCGAAAAUAUCCGGAGUACGAUCAUGUAAUAUCUGAAGAAUAUGAUUCUUUUGAAGAUUAUGAUGGAGAAGCUGAACUUAUGAAACAUACUUUUUGGCCUGAAAUUAAUAAUGAAAUUCGAUAUUUCAAUAAUAAUUUUAUUCCUAACAUUGAAGAAAAUAAUGAAUCAGAACCUGAGUCAUCUGAAUUUCCUGAAAAUGCAGCACCAGACGCUUCACCUACAAAUAAUUUUGAUAAAACUAUGAACGUUGCAAAACCACUACCACGUAAAGUCAGACGCCAUAGAAAAUUGAGACAACCCAAAUUUGUUAAUGAAAAAGAUAACGAACCAGAAGUAGUUAACAAUUAUAAUAACGUUCAAGAAGAACUACCAAAAACUGAAAAUGGCGAAACAACUGGUAUAGACGAUGAAAUAGAACAACCGGAAUUAUCUGAAUACCCUGAAAAUUCAGAUGUAGCACAAGAAGCUUCAUCUCAAAAUGAUGUCGAUAAAACUAUAAACGUUGCAAAACCACGACCACGUAAACCCAGACGCCAUAGGAAAUCAAGAAAACCCAAAAUUGUUAAUGAAAAUGAAAAAGAACCAGAAGUAAUCAACGAUGAAAAUAACGUUCAAGAAGAACUACCGGAAACUGGAAAUGGUGCAACAACUGAUAUAAACGAUGAAAUAGAACAACCGGAAUUAUCUGAAUACCCUGAAAAUUCAGAUGCAGCACCAGAAGCUUCAUCUCAAAAUGAUGUCGAUAAAACUAUAAACGUUGCAAAACCACGACCACGUAAACCCAGACGCCAUAGAAAAUCAAGAAAACCCAAAAUUGUUAAUGAAAAUGAAAAAGAACCAGAAGUAAUCAACGAUGAAAAUAACGUUCAAGAAGAACUACCGGAAACUGGAAAUCGUGAAACAACUGAUAUAAACAAUGAAAUAGAACAACCACAAUUAUCUGAAUACCCUGAAAAUUCAGAUGCACCACCAGAAGCUUCAUCUCAAAAUGAUGUCGAUAAAACUAUAAACGUUGCAAAACCACGACCACAUAACCCCAGACGCCAUAGGAAAUCAAGAAAACCUAAAACUGUUAAUGAAAAUGAAAACGAACCAGAAGUAGUCAACGAUGAAAAUUUCGAGAAUUAUCCGGUAGAAGAUCAAGGUGUAAACUAUGGACGUAUUCCUUACGAUGAUAAUAAGAUUCAAGAAGAAUCACUGGAAACUAGAAAUGGUGAAACAACUGAUAUAGACAAUGAAAAAGAAUUUCCUGAAUUUAUUGAAUACCCUAAAAAUGCAUAUGUAGCCCCAGAAGCUUCAUCUCCAAAUGAUGUCGAUGAAACUAUAAACGUUACAAAACCACGACCACGUCAACUCAGACGCAAUAGAAAAUCAAGACAACCCAAAACUGUUAAUGAAAAUUAUAAUGAAACAGAAGAUCCCAAACGUAUUCCAACACAAAAUAACAAACACGUAAACUAUGAAGAAGAUCAUGGAGAAAAUGAAAAAACGGCUAAUUUAAAUGAUACUGAUGGUACAAUGAACUCAAAACAACCUAGGAGAAAAAAACAUGUUAGGAGGAAAAAAAUUCCUAUGUCAGUAGAUGAGAUUACUCCAAAUAGUUUAAAUACAGAAAAUAGAAGUAUUCAAAAUGAUGACAAAUCAGUCGAAAACCCUGAGACACAACCAAAUGAUACAGGAAGAAACCCAAAAAAAAAGAGACGUUUAAGACGAAUUAGAACAUACAUGGUAAACAAAGCUACAAAUGAAAGAAUACCAAUUAAUGAUGAAACAUAUUCCACUACAGAUGGGUUACCGGAUACUCCAAAAAAUAAAUUAGAAGCAACUGAAAUAAAGGAUUCUGAUGAUCCAGAUUCAAAUGAAGACAAUGAUGAUUAUUCUUCAUUUUUGUUUAAGGAGUACAAUUCGGAUCAAUGCAAACGCGAUGCAUACGAUAGAUUUAAGAAAGUCACAUCACAAGAUGCCAAACAAAUUGCUUACCGAAGCGUUUUAGAUACAAGCGAGAUGCGAAGUAAUAUGUUAGCAACACUAAAAAACGCAAUAGGUAACGUAAAAGUCUCCAAGACACUCAAUGAUGUUGAUCAAAGUUUAAGGACAGUCAGUUACUCUCUGAAAACUGGUUUGAAACAAACUGUGAGUGACUUGGUUACCAAAGUGAUUCCGUUAGCUAAAGAUUUUCUGAAAACGGCGGAAAACCUUAAAGAAUUGUACAAGAAUGGUCCUCAGUCCACACAUAAAAUGUUAUCCAACAUUUUAGAAAACGAGUCAACCGUUCCAGAUUCAGCUAAAGAUAUAUUAAAACUCAUUUCUCCACAAUUUGACGUGGAUGAAUUAAUAAAUAAUAUCUUUGAAAAACCUAUCAAUACAAAAUCAUUGAAAGAGAAAAAGGCCAAAGCUCAAAGAAAACUUAUUGGUCUAUCAAAGCACAUGGACACAGCAAUAAGCAAUAUCGACUGCUUUGUUCUGUCUGCCAUGUCAGCUGUAGGCAUCGGAGCAGACACGUUGAAACUGCUGAAAUCAGGUAGAGUUAUUAUGAGUGAUAAACAUCCCAGGUCAAAGGCACUGAGAGAUUCCAUGGGAAUAAUUAAAUCAGGUAAGAAAAUCCGAAAUAAUGACGUAGGCUUUACACCAACGUUGAGACCCCCUGAUGGUUUCAAUGAAAGUGACGAAGAUGAUGAUGAUGAAGAUCCAGACCAAGUGGCUCAGAAAAACGAAGAAUUUUUAAAAACUGUACCUGACCUAGACGAUAAUAUACCUGUACCAAAAAAAGUGCCGAACAGGCGACAGUCGUUGGGUGUAAUUGUUGUGCAUCCGGACAAACAGAUUGAGUACAAAGAAGUGACUGACACUUCACAACUGAAAAAAUUCGUUGGAGACCAGACGAAAAAAUACAAAUUGCAAUCUAAAAAUAAACAUCCUAAAUUUUUAAAACUGAACAGUAAAAAAUUAAUUGACUCUAUGGUUGCGGAUGUUAAGAAAAAGGCUGAGAGAAAUGGAAUGAGCAAAAAAGAAAUGGUAGAAGAAAUAAUUAAGAAUUUGAAUAGUAGUUGAACGUAUUUAAAAUUAUAAAUUUUAACGAAUGUUUUUUUUUAUUGUUAUUUAUAAAAAUGCUUUUACUGUGCUAAAUAAAUUAUAAAACUUGUAUUUAAUAUGUUAAAUAUUUUUAACACUUAGUUGAUAAUGAAAUCGUUAAAAAUAUACAACUUUUGUAUGAAAAAUUAUUUAAUUUAUUAUAUAAUUGAUUUUUAUUAAAUAAAAGUGUACCUUUUUUUAAAAUUAUUUUAGUAUUUAAGUAGCCAUAAUAUUAAGUAUAAUUUUAUUAUUUUAGAAACAUUCACGUCAAUAUUCAACGUUUUUACUAGAUAGUUGUCAUUAAAAUUCUAUCUUCGUUGCAGACAAAUUAUGUACUUGUCAGUAGGUUUUCAAUAAAGAUGUGGGAAUGAAC